AUGGCAUCAGCAAACAAUACAACUCAAAAUGAAAAUGCAUCUAUAACACCAAAGAAAUCGUCUAAAUCAUCAAAAGAUCAUACAUACGAUCUUGAUUGGAUUAGAAAUACAAAUGCAAAACCAUUUUUAUCUGAUAGUUCACAUGUAUUGAAAAAACCUAUAACAGAUCAUGGAUGUCAAAAACGUUUGAGUAAAUAUAAUGGAGUAGUGAAUCGUAUGACGUCCGAUCAAGUUAAUGAUGAAUUACAAAAACGACAAUUAUCAACAAAUGGUGAGAUUGAAAUUCGACGUCUUCGUUUAAAACAUUAUUAUAAAGCUCAAUUAACAUUUGGAUGUGAGAAUCCAUUUCAAAUGAUUGAACAACAUUUUGAAUAUAUUGCUGUUGUGGAUUUUGAAGCAACAUGUAAUCAUAAUCAAGGAAAUAAUUAUCCACAUGAAAUUAUUGAAUUUCCUAUUGUACUUAUCAAUGUACAACAAAGAAUGAUUGUUGAUAAAUUUCAGUCAUAUUGUCGACCAACAAUAAAUCCUAUUUUGUCAAAUUUUUGUACAGAAUUAACUGGUAUCGAACAACAUCAAGUAGAUAGUGCUCCUACUUUUCCUGAAGUUCUUCGUAAUGCUGAAACUUGGUUAAAUGAACGACAUCUUCUAUCAUCAAAUAAACGUAAAUGUGGUUUUGCUACCGAUGGUCCAUGGGAUUUUGCUAAAUUUCUUCGAAUGCAAUGUGGUUUUAGUUCGAUAUCAUAUCCACGAUGGGCUAAAAAAUGGAUUAAUGUUCGAAAAGAAUUCUCAAGUUUUUAUGCUGUACAACGAUGUGGUAUUAGUAAAAUGUUACAAAGUCUUGGUCUUGUGUUCGAUGGUCGUAAUCAUUCAGGUCUUGAUGAUUCAAUAAAUAUUGCUCGAAUUACUAUUGAAUUAAUGAAGGAUGGUUGUGUUUUAUUAUUAAAUGAUGGUAUUCGUGCAGCAGAUCCUAAAUUUAUUGAUUUAAACAGUGUUAGUCAUGAACUACAAAAUCUUAAUGAAGACGAAACAAAACAUAAUGAUAAUUUAGUCAUUUUAGAUAGAUAA